CCGGCCCCCGGCCCCGAACCCGGCUGGAGGAGAGAGAGGGGGAGUACUGGGAGCCCGGGAGUCCCAGACCGACACUGGAAAGUCCUGUUUGAUCAGUUUGACCCUGGGAACACAGGCUACAUCAGCACAGGCAAGUUCCGGAACCUCCUGGAGAGCCACAGCUCCAAGCUGGACCCGCACAAACGGGAGGUGCUCCUGGCUCUCGCCGACAGCCAUGCGGACGGGCAGAUCUGCUACCAGGAUUUUGUCAACCUGAUGAGCAACAAGCGGUCCAACAGCUUCCGCCAGGCCAUCCUGCAGGGCAAUCGCAGACUCUGCAGCAAGGCCCUGCUGGAGGAGAAAGGGCUGAACCUCUCCCAGCGACUCAUCCGUCACGUGGCCUACGAGACCCUGCCCCGGGAGAUCGACCGGAAGUGGUACUACGACAGCUACACCUGCUGCCCCCCGCCCUGGUUCAUGGUCACAGUCACGCUGCUGGAGGUUGCCUUUUUCCUCUACAACGGAGUAUCGCUGGGUCAGUUCGUGCUGCAGGUAACCCAUCCCCGGUACCUGAAGAACUCGCUGGUUUACCACCCACAGCUCCGCGCCCAGGCGUGGCGCUACCUGACAUACAUCUUCAUGCAUGCGGGGAUAGAACACCUGGGACUCAACGUGGUGCUGCAGCUCCUGGUAGGGGUGCCGCUGGAGAUGGUGCACGGAGCGACCCGCAUCGGGCUUGUCUACGUGGCUGGCGUUGCGGCAGAACUGGUCAGGCAUGAAGUGUCAGUUCAAGCUGUUACGGAUGGCUGUGGCCUUGAUCUGUAUGAGCAUGGAGUUUGGGCGGGCCGUGUGGCUCCGGUUCCACCCGUCGGCCUACCCGCCGUGCCCUCACCCGAGCUUUGUGGCGCACCUGGGCGGCGUGGCCGUGGGCAUCACCCUGGGCGUGGUGGUCCUGAGGAACUACGAGCAGAGGCUGCAGGACCAGUCGCUGUGGUGGAUUUUUGUGGCCAUGUACACAGUCUUUGUGCUGUUUGCUGUCUUCUGGAACAUCUUUGCCUACACCCUGCUGGACUUGAAGCUGCCACCGCCUCCCUAGGAGGCUUGGGGACCGAGGUCGGGGAGGGGAGGGAGAGGCAGCCGCAGGAAGGAACACGGGCGUUCUUGUUCUCAGUGCCAGCUCCGUGGCGCCGAGGAGAGGAUGAGGUGCUGGGCCGCCGCGAUGUUCGUGUUCAGGUUUGGACACCGGAGCCUCUUUUCUGAAAGGUGCUUCCUGGAAGAGUUGGAUGUGGCUGCCAUUGUUUUUCUAGACUGUUCUGAGGACAUCGGGCCAAGGCGAAGGCCUUCCCUUGGGCUGGGCCAUUUCCGAGUGUUGGGGGGACCCCUCUCUGGUCACAGAUUGGGCUUUCCUUCUCCCUCAUCGGCACGCUGAGAGGUCAGGGAGGCCCGAGGGCGGAGGGCCGGGCAGGCUCUCGUCCAGCCCAGCCCAGAGGGGCAGUCGCAGGCCCGGAAGUGUUUCCUCCACAGCCACUGGGUUUGGAGCUGGAAGAGGGCUGGCUGGUGAGCAUGUUAGUUUGGGGCUAGAGGAACCCAUGGGGCCCUGCAUUUGGUGAGCUCUGGGGCACAGCCUCUAGUGCCCGGGGUAGGCAGAGGAGGGAGAUGCUGUGAGUCCAGGCCUCCCUCCCGCCCUGGGGGUAUCCAGUGGGCAACACCCAAAAGGAGGGAAUAAACUUCACCCCAAGCUCCAGCCUAGGGAAGGCCCCAUACUAACUUUGGACUUCUCCCUCCCCGUCUCCCAGAAUGCCGACAUCUCG